AUGUAAGGAGUAUGCAUAGCUGAUAUAGGAUCUUCUGGAAAAGGAUUUGAUUCUGCAAGCGGUUCAGUACGAAUGAAGUAAUUUCGAACAAAAGGAUCAGAACUCGCUGAUAGGAAAGGAGAGAAAAACAAAGCAAUCCCAAGGGCUCCCUCAACCCACUUGAUUGAUAGGCAAAGCUCUUUAUCAUCACGUGCCAAAUGCAACAAAGGAUAA